UUUGAUUAUUGUAAGAUUAUCUCUCAUCAUAUUGUAUCUACUACUGGAGGGCUUCCAUUAGCUCUUGAAGUUAUUGGUUCAUUCUUAUAUGGAAAGAGAGAAGAAGUAUGGAAAGAUACAUUAAAGAAAUUAAAGAAAGUGCCUGAUAAGAAAGUGCAAGAGAAGUUGAAAAUAAGUUACGAAGCAUUAGAUGAUGAGGAACAACAAAUAUUUUUGGAUAUUGCAUGCUUUUUCAUUGAAUCACAUAAACAAAAUCCAACUUACAUGUGGGAUGCCAGUGAUUUUUCUCCCGGGGAGGGGGAUUGAAGUAUUGAGUCUUAUGUCCUUAAUUAAAAUUGACCAAUACAAAAGGCUGAUGAUGCAUGAUCAAUUGAGAGAUCUUGGAAGGGAAAUUGUUCGUCUGGAAAAUCCAAAGGAGCCUCAAAAGCGGAGCAGAUUAUGGAAUUCUGAGGAGGCCGCAGAUGUAAUUGAUGGAAACAAGGGCACCAGAAAGAUUGAGGCCCUUUCUCUUGGCAAAUGUGGUGAGGGAAGGAGAUACACAGCCAAAAAGUUUAAAAAAAUGACCAACUUGAGGUUUCUUCAAGUGGAUGGUGCUAAUUUCAUCGGAGAUUUCCAAAGCUUACUUCCUGAAUUAAGAUGGCUUCAGUGGGAGGGCUGUCCCUCGGAUUUCACAGCGGCCAACUUUCAUCCAAAAAAAUUAGUUGUACUCAAUUUGUCAAACAGUGCAAUUUCAGAGGACUGGGAGGAUGGGUUCCACUCAAGGUAAGAUGUAAAAAAGGCAUCGAAGUAUUUUUUUUUUUUUUAACUUAACAUUUUUUUCCUUGUACAUAUAACAUUUGAAAAUUGAUUUUCAUAAUUGAACUAGCCGUUUCUAUU